AUGUUGACCGACGAAUUUCGAAAAAGAAAUCACGACGUCUUUAAAGUCGAAUUACGAGAAAAUCAAGAGAAAGCAAUUAAUGCUGUAUUAUGUGAUCGAGAUGUGUUUGUUGGUACCAGUACUUGUAGCGGAAAGUCAAUGAUUUACGAAUGCAUUCCAAUACUUAAACCAGGUAUCGUCGUCAUCGUGGCACCUCUCCUGUCUAUAAUGAAAGAACAAGUUGAGAAAUUAAAUAAAUUUGGACUUUCAGCCACUUACAUUGGGAAGAAUAGUGAGGAGAUCGAACGAAUAGUGACUGGGCAGUAUGAAUUUGUAUUUGGAAGCCCCGAGAGACUGGUUGGCGAGAGUCGGUGGAGGAAGUUGUUGAAAUCGUCGGAGUAUAGGAGGCAGCUUCAAUUGCUAGUCGUAGAUGAGGCUCAUACAGUCACGCUUUGAGGAGAGGGAAGAAUGAUUGAAGAUCCUUUCAGGGAAUGGUUUUCAAAAAUUCAGGAAUUACGAUCUUUGUGCCCAAAUGUCCCUGUCCUUGCCCUUACUGCAACUGCUGGACCAACCCAUAGGGGGAAAAUUUUGAAAUACCUCUGCUUUCGACCAGGUUAUGAACUUGUUCUUGAUUCGCCUGAUAGAAGGAACAUUAAGAUUACUGUGAAAUCUAUAAAAAAACAAUGACAAUGUUGAAAAAGUGUUUGGUUGGCUAAUUAAAGAUUUGAGACACCACAGAGAACAAUUACCAAGGCAUGUGGUUUUUUGUGAUAGUAUCAAUGAUGUAACUAAGAUUUAUUUUGCCUUUAUCAAAACAUGCAAACAAUACAGACAAAACUUUGAUAUGUUUCAUAGCAAAACUGAUGGUGAAAUCAAAGAUAAAAUCAGAGAAGAUAUGUCUGAUGAAGGAAAAAUUAGAAUACUUAUAUGUACAAAUGCAGCAGGAAUGGGUGUAAACUUUCACCAAGUACAUAAUGUGGUGCACUAUGGGGUACCAAGGGAAUUGGAGACGUUUGUACAACAAAUGGGUAGUGGAGGGAGGGAUGGAAAACCUUCACAUGAACUAGUUUUAUUUAAGAUGCACAAAGGUUACUUAAAACAUGUAGAACCAGAACUUGUACGCAUUGUGAAAGAUAGUGUAUGUCGGAGAAGUAUGUUGUGUGCUGCUUUUCAGACAAAGCAUUGUGAACUUGCACCUUUACAUGCAUAUUGUGACAUUUGUGAGAAGAAGUGUACAUGCGACUGCGAUGUCUGCCCACAAUCACAUGCUGCAGUGACAGACAGUGAUGAUGCUGAAUCUUCUGAAGAUGAGAUAAUACGAGAUGUAUCAUCUGAAGAAAGACUAUUGCUAAACCAAAAGUUGGAAACAAUACAAUUUUCAUUAUCGGACAGAGCAAGUGGUGGACUUAUUAAUCAUGAAGUGGUUCAUGGAUUUACAAAAGAAAUAGUAAAAUAUAUUGUUGCUAAAUGUCAGGUUUUAUUUACUGCAGAAGACAUUAUGGAAAAAUUUCCGAUUUGGUCUUUUGGUAUAGCUCAAGAGAUUUGUAAAAUAAUCCUUGAUGUAUUUGGAGAUGACACUAUGUACAAUUUAGUUGAGAGUGAUAGCUCAUGCCAAUCAGAAGAUUAACUGCUGAAUUUUAUGAAUCAGUGCCAGCAAAUUGUGAU